AUGAUUAAGGAUGAAAAGGUGCAGCAAAGCCUGAUUGAUUCAGUCAAGGAGCUUCUGGUCACAGCGCGCAAGCACAGUGUCCCCAUCAUCGACUGUCUCAUCGAUACUAGCAUCGAUCCUCCACCUACGAGCAAGAUUUGCGCCAAGUCCCUGAUUCUUGGUGUCAUCGCGACUAGUGGCGCCGUAAUUAGCACCGCAAUGCAGGCCAUUGAUGAGGGCUUUGUUGUCACGGUCGUAAGGGAUGCCAUCUGGGAUCCCGAUGAGCAGGUCAACCGGAUUCUCCUGUAUGUUCUGCUUCCUGGCUCAGGAUAUGUAGUAUCCACUGCAGACGCUGUUGGGUUCAUGCAAAACACGUACAAGUUCUAA